AUGUCUGUGCGGGUUUGGAAUGUUGCUACCUACAGCACCGACUUAUCGUUCGAUGCAAAACGUAUCUGUUUCUGCGCAACACGCCUCUCCAGCUUCUCCGAAGGACGCGUGUUGUGGUAUGCCGCGCCGCUCGCAAUUGCAACGGACAACGGGAAGGCCGGUCCAGCAGUGGAAGUGGGCACGCCGCGCUGCGGCACGCCGCGCUGUGGCACGCCGCGCUGCGGCGCGCUGCGCCGGCGCCUCACGGGACGGCCUCAGCUCCGAACCUGUCCCCGCCUCCAGCCGAUCACGACCAGCUGGCAUCGCCGCGCCUUGGCGAGCUGGCUUGUCCUCCAAAGCACUGCCGCCGUUGGGCGACCUCCUGGCGUGAUGGGAGGGUCACGGCAUGUCUUCCGUCGCCUCGUCCCUCGCGCUUGA